AUGCCUGAUGAUGUCAAUGUAUCGCAGGAGUAUCAAUUUUUUAACCAGCACACCUUAACGGGCCACAGUGGUAAAGUCAUGGCAGCUAAAUUUUUGGGAGAAGCAUCUAGAGUUGUUUCUGGCAGUCAUGAUAGGACUUUGAAAAUUUGGGAUCUCAGAAGUAGAGCAUGCGUUGAAACUAAGUUUGCGGGUUCCAGUUGCAAUGACCUAGUGACAUCGGAUGGAUCUGGGUCGACCAUCAUUAGUGGCCACUUCGACAAGAGGAUCCGAUUCUGGGACACGAGGACCGACUGCGCGGCCAACGAUAUUUUACUUCAAGGCAAAGUUACAUCACUCGAUUUAUCGAGAGGUAGUAUUUCAUAA